AUGGCAGAAGGCGUCUCCUUUGGAUCGUCCGAAAUGGAGGUCGACCAGGCCAAAGAAGUAGGAAAGGCUGGAAAGGUCAAAGAAAUUGCUAAGGACGCACACACUAGACUAGCAGCCAAGGCCCUACAGGCCCAAGAAACUACCAAGGCCACACAGGCCCAAGAGGCAGUUGAGGUCCUGCGGACUGGAGAUACUGCCGAGGUCGCCCAAACCAAUCAGGUAGCAGAGGUCGGACAGGCCGAAGACGCAGCUAAGGCCGAACAGGCCAGAGAAGCUGCCGAGGUCGGACAGGCCGGAGACGCAGCUGAGGCCACACGGACCAGAGAAGCUGACGAGGUCGGACAGGCCAAAGAAGCAGCGGAGACCGAGCAGACCCAAGAAACUGCCAAGGCCGAACUGGCCAAAGAGGCUGCUCAGACCAGGAAGGCUACAGAGGCUGCAGGACGAACAGAACCUAUCUGGACGCUAUACGUAAACGGCGCGUCGAGCAGGGAAGGAUGUGGGGCAGGACUCCUCCUAAUCAACCCCACUGAGGAAGAGCUGGCCUACGCCUUGAGGUUCGAUUUUAGAGUCUCUAAUAAUGAAAUCGAAUACGAGACUCUAAUUGCAGGGAUGGAGAUGGCUCGAAAAUUAGGGGCUGAGUCAAUAAAAAUCUACAGCGAUUCGCAGUUGAUAGUGAACCAGGUACUGGGGAGCUACGAGGUCAAAGAGGGGCCACUAAGGAAGUACAUCGCCAAGAUGCAUGAGCUGAUGGACCAGUUCAAGCAGUUCACGCUCGAGCAGAUCCCACGGAGCCAAAACAAGAGAGCUGAUGCCCUGUCCAAACUGGCAUCUACCUUGUUUAGCACUUUAAAUCAAAAAAUAUUGGUGGAGGUCGUCAAAAGUCGGGCGUAUGAACAGUUAAACACCACAGUCAUUUAG